AUGGGUCAGGGCCAGCUCCAGGGGGGCCUGCUGUGGAGUUAUUUGGGCCACGGCGCCAUGGCCGGAGGGCCUGAGGAGAGCAGCCUGUCCAACCCGGCCUUCAUGGAGUACACGUCCCACGUUUUUGGAGACGUCACUGUGGUGGUGCAGGACUGCCCUAGCUGGGAUCUGUUGGACAGUGACUGGGCCAGUGUGCGGAGCGUUCUAGAACAGGCUGACAUCCUGGUCAUCAAGUACUCGAUCAACGACAAGCUGGCCUUCCAGCAGGUGCGCAACGGAUAUGCCCCUAGACUCCGCCCCCUGCUACGUCACUGGGGCGUGCCCGUCAUUUUGGUUGCUGUGGGCGCCCGCCUAAACGAUGAGGGGCCCCCCUGCACGUGCCCCCUGUGUGCAUCAGACUGGAGCAGCUGUGUCCCCCAUAGUGAGGGCCUGCAGCUCUCUAGGGACCUGGGGGCCACUUACCUGGAGCUGCCCUCCCUGAACCAUGUCUUUGUGGGUCGCUACUUUGGCAGCGUGCUGGAGUACUUCAUGAUUCAGUGUUUGAAGCAGAAGGCCAAAGAGAGGCCGGAGAAGAGGCGGGGCAACAAGCUGAAUGAGCCCCACCCCCCUCAUCUGGAACAGCCAGCGCGUCUUCCCCCCAUCCGAGUGGAGGAGUCCAGCUUCUCUAAGGACCUACAGUGGCUGCUGGAGCGUGGCGGCCAGUUCGCCGACGUCGCCUUCUACUCCGGGGACUCUGGCAAGGAACUGGGCUGGGGGCACGCCGCUGUGCUAUGUGCUGUCAGUCCCUAUUUCAGACAGCUGCUGCUGGGCCCUAAGGCCAGGGAGAGGCCCAUAUCGCGCUGCGCCUGCCGGGGGGAUGGAGGCCCCCCAUCGCUGCUCUCCACCUGGGAUGGGGGCCUGGGCAUGGAGGACGGGUCGCGGCCCGACGGGCAUCUGGCCGGACGGCUAUCGCGCCUGGUGGUGAAGGACCCCCUGCUGUGCCUGUGUCUAUGGGAGACACUAAUGUUCCUCUACCGAGGGGCGUGGGAGUGGGAGCACCUCCAGGAGGCCGUGGGGGAGAAGCUGAAGAAUUCUCUGGCUGUGGCUCAACUCAUGGACCGCAUCCGCUCCUUCCUGGGCAGAGACAAGGGCUCCAGGGAUACGCCUAACGCUCGGCCCGCCCAGCUUGGUCCUCAGUCUCUGGUCAACCUCUUCAACUCUCCUCUCUACUCUGAUGUCAUCUUCAUGGUGCAAGGCAAUGUGUUACCAGCUCACCGGGCGGUCCUGGUGGCUCGCUGCGAUGUCAUGGCGGCCAUGUUCAGCGGGAAGUACGCGGAGGCACGGAGUCGGGUGGUGCCCAUCCACGGAGUCUCCUCUGACACCUUCCUCUCCUUCCUGGAGUACCUCUACACUGACACCUGCUGUCCUGCCAGUGUGUUGCAGGCCAUGGCCGUGCUGGUGUGUGCAGAGAUGUACCAGGUGAAGCGCCUGCAGCACCUGUGUGAGGUGUGUGUGUGCGCCUACCUCCAGAGCAUGCCUAGCCGAGAGCUGGCAUCAACCGGCAUCAGUGUGAUCCGGCUUCUCCGUAGGGCUAAGUGCCACAACGCAGAGCAGCUGUACGUAUGGCUCCUCCACUUCAUAGCCAAUAACUACCUAAUCUUCAGUCACAAGCCCGACUUCCUGGAGCUCUCAGAGGAGGAGCGGGAACAGGUGGAGAGACUGCGUUGGCCUUCCCGAGGUUACCUUCAAGAACUGAGCGAGUACCAGCAGCGCCGACGCAAACUCAAGAAGUCCCGCUGCCUCGUCAUGUGACACCCACCCGCCGC